UUCACUGUGGACGAUAAGGUGAAAAAACUCGAGCCUUUUUAGCCUACGCCGAGGUGCGCACGAGGAGCACGAGAAAAUAGUGGUGCUGGGCCUGCUGUGUGCUGUCGUGCUUUGUCUUCUCCGCUACCGGUACAAUGGUUGCUCCUUAGUCCCUACGCAUCCGGUGUAGUAUAGAAGAAUUGUGGGUAGUAGCGUUUUGCUUUGACGUCGUUACCGCAUAACGAGGGUUCAGACUUAAAAGACUUUUGAGGUUCCCGUCGCGAAACCCUAAAAAUCGCCAUCGAAGUCUUUCAAGCAGCAAAUCUCUUCCUCUUUCUGCGUCGUCUACAUUGGGAACCCUAGUUCUUCAAGUCUGAAAUUAGAAUAUUUCGGGUUAUUGCGGAAAGCAUUAAUCGUUUUAGGUCUCAGUGUGUUCGCGAAAAUAAGCGAGUUUCGGAUUGUUUUUCAUUGUCAACCGAUAAAAUUAGGGUUAGGGUUUCGCUGUUGGUCGUCUGAGUAUUGGCGCAGAAAAUCACGGCUUCGGUUCUGCAGGUGAACUCUUAAGUAUUUAGAAAACAUUAGGUUUUUGAGUUCUGCAGAAGAGUUUCUUACCAUUUAAUUGGAACCGUGAAAUGUGGUUACUCUAGGGCUUAUUUCGCCGUAGAGGAGAACUGCGUUGCAAUUGUGUUUCUUAGUCGAAUAAAUGGGACAAGAUUUACCUGAUUCGUUAGAUAACGGACCGAUUGAUGUAAAGGUUGAACAUGAAGAACAAAAGCCUCACUUGGAGGAGAAACAAAACCGUGUUGAAAAUGCGGAGUCUUUGCCGGAGUUGCCGCCGACACCGGAAUCUUCGUCGGAUGAUAAGAAUCUUGAAUUACCAGGAGAGGCUCGUUUAAGCAAUGAUCAAGGUUCGGUUGAACCUGCUCCUGAACCCAUUGUUGCCAACACCUGCGCUGAUGCCAAUGGGCUGAAUGAAUAUAAAAGCGACGUUGAGGAUAACGGUUCUGGCGUCCGGGUUGAAGUCGAAGCUGCUGCUCCAAAUGUUGGAUGUCUACUUGUUAAAACUGAGGAUGAAAAUGCGGAGGAUUCUAAGACUGAGGUGAAUCGAAAUGAGGUAGUUCCGCGUGAAGACAAUGAUUUUAAAGAGGCAGAAUCGAAACAAAUUGGGGCGGUGGAGGAAUGCGCGGUUCACAUGGAGGGCUCUAACCAGUCGUUUGCUGCGGGCGAUGAAUCGGGAACUGAGGAGGAGCAAGCUGCAUUUAUGAAGGAACUUGAAAAUUUUUUCAGGGAGAGGAACUUGGAAUUCAAGCCUCCCAAGUUUUAUGGAGAGGGAUUGAAUUGCCUCAAGUUAUGGAGAGCUGUGACUAGAUUGGGUGGCUACGACAAGGUGACCUCAUGCAAACUGUGGCGACAAGUAGGAGAGUCCUUCAAACCACCAAAGACUUGCACCACUGUCUCUUGGUCUUUCCGCUGCUUCUAUGAGAAGGCACUCCUUGACUAUGAAAGGCAUAAACUGCAUGGCAGCGAACUAUGUGACCCUGCUAUUUCACUUAGAGAACCUACUGAAACUCAGCAGGUGGGUGUUAAUCAAACAUCAGGAUCAGGAAGGGCACGAAGAGAUGCUGCAGCUCGUGCUAUGCAGGGUUGGCACUCACAGCGUCUUCUUGGUAAUGGUGAGGUUGGUGACCCAAUUAUUAAGGAUAAAAACUCUAUUUCUAUGCAAAAACGAGAAAAGCAGCUUAAAAACAUUGGUUCACAUAAACGUAAAAAACCAUCUAGCCUGGAGCGUGCUGUCAAAGCUAUGCAUACAAAAGCUGCAAAGCCACAAAUGGAAACAAUGGUUGUUGAUAUUGGACCCCCAGCUGAUUGGGUGAAGAUCAAUGUGCUGAGAACUAAAGAUUGCUUCGAGGUCUAUGCUUUAGUUCCUGGGCUUCUGCGUGAAGAGGUACGUGUUCAGUCAGAUCCAGCUGGGCGCUUAGUUAUAUCUGGUGAACCAGAGCAACCAGAUAAUCCAUGGGGUGUCACACCGUUCAAAAAGGUUAUCAAUUUGCCCUCAAGAAUUGAUCCACAUCAGACAUCUGCUGUUGUUACACUGCAUGGCCAGUUGUUUGUACGUGUGCCUUUUGAAUCAGAUCUGUAGAUGCAGUGAUUUUGGCCUAUUUCUGCAAUGUAAACGAGAAACCUCGACAUAAUUGUGCAUACAAGAUUUUGCUUGCCUAGUACAUGCUAAAUUGUCCCAGGCGUCAGUAUGAAGCUCUGAAUUGGGUAUGUGCAGUUGCCGUUCAUGAUUAAAGUAAAUUUCUUGUGUUAGGUUAAACUACAUUGACAUAGUUGGACAAUGAUGUGGUUCUUAGCUAGCUUGGAGACACUAGGAAAGCCCUUUCUGUUCGAUGACGAAGUCAAAAAAUCAUAUAUUGAUCAUGACAAACUUGUGCCAUUCAAUUGGUAGUUUGUAUAUAGCCAUGGAUGGACACUUCACUGGAUUUAAUCACUUUAUGCAUAUCUUCAAGACUGCGUCUUUGACUUGCUA